AUGAUCAUGGCUGGGAUCUACUUAGUGCCGGCCACCGCCUGGGUGAUGUCGGUCUGGGCCAUGUACUUCGUCGAAGGGCUUGACGACCCAGCGGAGAAGUGGAAUAUUCUGCUUCCAAACCUGGGCACGACAACCAUGCGCGUGGUGUGCAUGGGACUCCACUUUGUUUGCGGGUCGGUGAUCAGUUUGGCCGGCAUUUGGCAAGUGCUGCCCGUAUCCAAGCGUCCGGAGUGGCUGUCGAGCCACCGCAUCGUUGGGAGAAUUUAUGUCAUUUGCUCGGUUUUAACCUGCAUUGGCGGCUUCGGGUUCAUCGUCCAACAGCGGAUACUGGCAGGUGGCUGGACAAUGAGCAUUGCCUUCACAGCCUACGGAUGCUGCGUAGUGACCUUUGCAUUGCUGGCAUACCGGACGGCACGGCAGAAAGACAUCGCUGCGCAUCGACGAUGGGCCAUUCGUUCCUUUUCCAUGGGCAUCGCUUCCUUCGUGUAUCGAGUGAUGCUCACCUUGGGUGUCCGGUUGAGCCUCAGCAUGCCGCAGGAUGAGACCACGAGCAUUCCCGAUGCUUCUGGCGUCGUGCCCUUCUUCCACGACGAUCUCUACAACCAGCCCCCUGGAAUCUCGAGCAUUUGGUUUGGGGCUGAUGUGCUACAUUGA